AUGCUCCUCACGAUGCGCAGACAGGUAGAAGAUCUGGAGGAUAGGAGCAGGCGCAAUAAUAUAAGAGUCCGCGGCCUCCCUGAGUCAGGUACAGAAUCGCUUCACGCCACGCUGGCCGACCUAUUCAGGCAGCUCCUGGGGAUACAAGCCCCUGACACAAUACACUUCGACCGAGCGCAUAGAGCUCUUGGACCGGCGAGACAAGAUGGCAGCCCCAGGGAUGUGAUCUGCUGCAUCUCCACAUGUGGCCUGCGAGAUAAAAUAACGGCAGCCGCAAGGGAGCUCCCCAGCAUCAG